UUCUAUUUCCUCCCCCAUAUCGUUUCCUCUCGCGAACAACCAUGAAUUAGGUUUCUCGACAACCAUGGAAAGGUUCCCUCUCAUCGACGUCCCGUCGGAGGACGAUCGCGUCUCCUCGUCCUCCUCUUGCGAUGUCUCCGUCCACCAAAGCACGUCAGUGAUUGCUGGUUCUGAGUAUGGCAAGAGUCAAGAGAAAAUGAGCAAGCAAAUGAAACAAGCUCUCCAGUCAGUAGAAUCCUCGGAGCAAAAACAAUCAAAGACCAGCAAACAUUACUUGCGGAACAGUUUAGAUUGGGAUAGAGAUUUUCUUACAAGUGAAGGUAUGGACUUUGUGAUUCCAAAACUAACAUAGAUUGAACCAAGAUUUAUAAGGUUAGUGGAUCUUAUUUCUUGUUCACAGGUGUUCUGAAUAAUGAAGAAUUGGCCAUCAUAAACAGUACAUUCAAGAAGAGUGAAGCAUGUUCACUUCCUAUAAUUACAGAAGAAGCAAAAAAAACAACAGAAUUAAACUCAUAUUUAGAUAAUGAUAGAUGGGCUUUGGAAAAGCUUGAGGUAGAUUUGUUUAAAAAUGUACAAACUUCCAAUCAAAAGACUCCUGGUACUGGUGAAAAAGCUUUGAAAUUGGCACAUCCCAGCAAGAAAAUUAAUCCAGCGAAGGGAAGGGCACUGCCCAAUAAAUGUAAGAAUGUUAAACCUGUUAAAAGUCUGAAACACUUGCUUUUAAGUCCUGUAUCUAUUUGAAGUUUGCAUAGGAAAUUUUAAUCAGAGUAUAAUUUCAGUGUUGCUUGUAUUAUUGCAAUUAUUCUAAGUAUAUUCAUAAUGUUUUGCAGCACCGGUGAAGUCUGAACCAUCUCGUCACAAUAAGAAGAAGUCUCCCGUGACAUCGGAGAGACACGGUGUUAGCAACCAUCUCCGUAAGCAUGAUUCUAGAGGGGCCACUGUUGUUACAGAUGUGGCUGUUGAUGGAAUUACUAGUUCGAGGACAGUGUCAAAGCCACCAAGAGUUUUGUCCAGAGCAACUGUACAAAUGAUGCCAGCCAAGACGACUUUGGUUCCUGCAAAAACCCAAAUAAGAACCAGUAAUACAAAAGAAAAACCAGGCAAUGUGGUAAUGCCAAAAUCUGUUGUGGUUUCCAAGAAAAUGAAUGAAGGUUCUUCCAGUGGCAAUUCUAAGUCCUCCCAACCAUCAAAAACGACUUUGACUUUGGUCAGAAAUUCAGUGGACAAAAAUCUUAAAUCUCCUUCGGACAUAACAAGGAUGAGUAGUACAUCUAGAGCUACCAAUCGCUCCUCAUCUGGAUUAAUCACUAAUACAGCAUCUAUGAGGACAAGCAGAACUAAAACUGUCGGUAGAAGUGCAAGUAAUUCUACAGUAUCUUCAAAUUCUGCUGUGAAGUUAACUUCAAGUACACCAAGUAGCUCUUUUGACAGUGCUACUUCGGGAUCAUUUUCAUCAACGCGCUUUGCUGUGAAAUCAGCAAUCUAUAGCAUUGAAACCGGUUCUCCAUCCUUGUCAUUGGAAAGUGCUGACAAUGAUAGAGUUCAUUCGGCAGGUUGCAGUUCAUGCCUCAGAUCCGAAGAUCAUGGGGACCAGUCUUCCAAACCGCAUGCUACGAAAAAUACUCCAGAUGAUGAAGUAACAUCUAAGCCAUCCAGAGGGGAUCAUCCAAGAAGCUCCACUAACAAUAACUCUGCAACAAAAUGCUGCAGAUCUCCAGUGAAGAAACCAUUAACCACACAGACUAGCAAGCAGCCCAGUUUUCUGAAAGCCACCGCCGGAGCCUCCAAGACUGAUUCAGUGAAUAAACUAAAACACGAUACAAUUCAGCAUACUACACCUGGGACUCGAAACAGAGCCCUCAAUUCUGGUUCUUCACAAACUCAUUCUGCUGCUCUUACUCGUAACCGGAAGCACAGAUCCCAAUCUCUUGAAAAUCUACCGAAGCUUGCUGAAUAGAAUGACUUUACUGGUUUAUCUGAAGCACAGCCAAAAUUAUGCCCCAUCACUGCUUGAGGAUUUCUGCCCCUCAAAAGAUGGUCCCGUGGUCCCGUUCAAGGUUUCUGAAAUAGCAAAAGAAGUUGCCGGUCAAGCUUAAUGGUGUGGAUUCCAAGUGCGAAUGAGCAAGGUGGUCAUCCGCGUCCAAAGCGUAUGACAGAUAUUCCUAACAACGGAGCAAUGGUUUUGAUCGAUAGAAGUUCUUACCUUACCGAGAAAUCCCGUUCCUUGUCUGGGUGGACAGGUAACAUGUAAUUGGGAAAGUUAUCACGCUGGAAUUCACCUGUCAUGGAUAUUGAUAAGGAAAAUAUUGUUCCUGCAGAAUGAACAGAUGGGCCGAGCAAAAACCUCAGGACACAGAGCGGUGAAAGAAAUGGCUGAAAACUAGUGCUGCUCUCAACUUAGAGACACAAGGAAUCUGAGUUAUGGACAUUCAGCAUUAUCUGAAUCAUCUUUUUUUAUGGUCGUCCACUGAUGAGAACUAAAAAGUUUCAUGAUGUUCUGCGAAGAUGGAGGACAGAUAUUUUGCUUCUUUGUCUUUUGUGAUUGAAUUGCAGCUUGGUCUGACCAAAAUUUUUUCCCAUCUUUAUGGAUUCUAAUUGGAUGUAACUUGAAUUGAUUUUAUAGGUUCUUUGACAGUCAAAAACUUAUUUGGAUAUGAAAUGGGAGAAGCAGCAUUG